GCUGAUUUAGACGAAUGACAGUACAAAAGAAACUGGUUGUAACAAAAUAUAAAUAUUUGAUACCACAAUAAAGUCGUAAUUCAAUAAAUAAUAUUAACAAAAUGGGUUCUUUGUGCUCAUCAUGUUUUGGAGGCAAUGGGGAAUCAUCCAACUUGAUGCCUUCACCGGAAACUCGACGUCGUCAGCAACUUGAAGCAGCGGAACGACGGCGUGAAGAAAAUGAGCAUAGAGGUAUUAAAAAUCCUGACAGCGUUCGCAGGCAACAACAACGUGCGGAGGAGCUAGCUAGAAGAGAAGAAGAGGCUGCACGAACAGGUGGCGGUGCACCAGCUUUAAAGUGGCAAGCAAAUUAAGUAAAAAUUCCAAAGGGAAAUUCAGGAACUAACAGCUUUAAGCGCGUACCAUUCUAAGUAUUCACAUACGUAAAUUUCUGUUGGUAUCAAAAGUGUUUACAUUUUAAAAGACAUAUUUACACAUAAUUGUUAUACCAAAAAAUUAUUCUAAGAUCAAAAUAUCGAUACGAUAGAACACAUAUGGUUUGUCAAAAUUGUUAAUUAUUGUUUAAACUCUUAUUCAUAAUAAUGUAUUAGCUUUGUUAAUUCUUAGUAUGCGUUCUAAAGUAUUAAUAUCUGUUAAUAUAUACAUAUGUUUAUAAACAUAUAUGUAUAACGUGCUCAUUAUCGAACUUGCACAUUAUUUACGGUUUAUAUGUUACUCGACUUAUUCGGUUAUUUCAUACACAUAUUAAUUGUUAAUUAUUAUUCGUAUAAAUCUUAAAAGAUAAUGAAACAAUACCAAAAACUAAUCGAGGUAUUUAAUAAAUAUUUGUCUGCAUUGCAUUUUGUAAUUUUGUACCUUUGUAAACAAUUUGUUGUGGAAAUAAUAAAUUAUGAUCUAUAAAUAUUUACUAUUUUAAAUAUUGCCUAUGAGUCAUAACUAAAAACAGUAAGUAGCCAACAGAACAAUAUGAAUAUUCUUAUUAUUGGAAUAAUAAUACAAAUAAUUUGUUGGCACAAUGUUAUGUAUUUAUGUAUGUGUGGGUAAACAAAACAUUUAAGUUCUCCCUUUAAGCCGAGAAUAGUAAUUGUCAAACUUUUAAGUGUCAUCACAUUCUCUGUGCCACAUAUUCUUAAACGUCGUCAUUGUUUUCAUUUCUCGCUUUUACAUUCAGUACUUUACUUUACGCCACCAAUGAAAUUAUGAUUAAGCCAAUUAUACUAUUUUGUUAUUUAUUACUAAUAAGUGUUGAAAUAUCUGGAAAGCGUGUUAUUGUGAAACGUAAGACCACAAAAAGUAC